UUCUCAAUAAUAUAGUCUGGCAACUAACGAAUAUAAAAUCGUGCUUACUGUGAUAUAAAAAUAGAUAUAAAUAAAAUUUCUUUAAAUGUUUAGAAAAUGAGAUACGCACAAAUUGUAAUAGGACCUGCAGGGAGUGGAAAGUCUACAUACUGCACCUUUCUUCAACGGCAUGCAUAUGACGCAAAACGCACUAUUGAUAUUGUCAACUUGGAUCCGGCGGCUGAACAUUUUGAUUACAAACCAAUUGUAGACAUCCGCGAGUUGAUACAGCUAGAUGAUGCAAUGGAAGAUGAGGAAUUACAUUACGGACCAAAUGGUGGCUUGGUUUUUUGUCUUGAAUAUUUAAUGGAAAAUCAAGAUUGGCUCAAAGAAAAAUUAACUUCUGAUGAUUUUAAUGAUCCAGAUGAUGAUUACAUACUUUUUGAUAUGCCUGGACAAAUUGAAUUAUUUACACAUUUAUCUAUGGGAAAAGAUUUUGUAAAAUUAUUAGAAUCUUGGAAUUUUAGAGUGUGUACAGUUUUUCUAGUAGAUUCACAAUUCAUGAUCGAUGGUGCUAAAUUUAUAUCUGGUACAAUGGCAGCUCUUAGUGUUAUGGCAAAUAUGGAAAUGCCGCAUGUAAAUAUACUAACGAAAAUGGAUUUAUUAAAUAAGUCUGCACGAAAUAAACUAGAAAGAUACAUAGAGCCUGACCCAAAAGCUUUAUUAAGUGAUGUAGAGGAAGAGUCUAUGUGGGGUCUAUCGCAUAGAAAAUUGUCUGCCACAAUUGGAAAUUUAAUAGAAGACUUCAGUCUUGUUCGUUUUAUACCUUUGAAUAUUGAAGACACCGAGAAUAUACAGGAUUUACUGCUGCAAAUCGAUAAUAUCAUACAAUAUGGCGAGGAUGCAGAAGUUAAAACACGAGAUUUUGAUCCUCCAGAAGAACUUGACGAUUAAAAUAUAUAAUAGUAAUAUAAUAAUUAAUAUAAACCAGUAAAGUUCU